AUGGCUUCAGUAACAGAUGCCAGAUACAGGCAGAAAGAUACUUCAGAUCAAAAUUUUGAUUACAUGUUCAAACUCCUGAUCAUUGGCAACAGCAGCGUGGGCAAAACAUCCUUCCUCUUCAGAUACGCGGAUGACACGUUCACACCAGCCUUUGUCAGCACCGUAGGAAUUGACUUCAAAGUGAAAACAGUUUAUAGGAAUGACAAGCGGGUGAAACUGCAGAUUUGGGAUACAGCUGGACAAGAAAGGUACAGGACCAUCACUACAGCCUACUACCGAGGAGCCAUGGGCUUCAUCCUCAUGUAUGAUAUCACCAGUGAAGACUCCUUCAAUGCAGUGCAGGACUGGGCCACACAAAUCAAGACUUACUCCUGGGACAAUGCGCAAGUGAUCCUGGUUGGAAACAAGUGUGACAUGGAGGAUGAGAGAAUUGUUCCUGUGGAGAAGGGAAAACAUCUGGCGGAUCAGCUAGGUUUUGACUAUUUUGAAGCAAGUGCCAAAGAAAACAUCAACGUAAGGCAGGUGUUUGAGCGUCUGGUGGAUAUAAUCUGUGAAAAGAUGUCGGAGAGUAUAGAAUCAGACCCUUCCAGGGGCACUUCUGGAAGGAGCAUGCGACUCACAGACAACCCACCCCCUUCGCAGCAGAACUGCUCGUGCUAGUGACCUUUCUCGCUGAGAAAUGUCGUUCUCCUUUCCUGACUAAAUUUAAUCUUUUCAUUUGUGGUGGUGCAUUAUCCUGUAGUCCAAAGGCAGAAGUCUCUGUUGUAGGAAACCGGUAUGUUUGUUUAAUGUGCUAAAGUGUUAAUAUUGUAUAUUUCCUCAUCCAAUAAUUUAAAAAAAAAAAAAGACUAAAUAUUGUAAGUGCACCGAGUGAUAAUGUGAGUUGCACUGAAGAAAAAGAAUUGUAUAGUGUUGCAAAUGU